AUGCUGAUAGCACUCGCGCUCCUCACGGCCGUUUCGGCGCUGACCUCCGCUGCUGCCCAGGCAACACCUAGCAGCUCCCCUUCCUCAUCAGAAGGCACCGACGGGGAAGCAUGUACGACGGACAAUGGUGUGACCCAAUACAUUUCCUGCCAAAAAGCCAAAUUCAGUACCACCCAACUCGUCAUCGGCGGCAUCGGCGUCGUCCUCGCCCUCUUCCUCGUUGGCUUCGGCAUAGUUUGGCUGCUCCACCGCCGCCAGAAACGGAAAACCGGAGACGGCGGGGAGUCCGGCAAAAGCUUCCGAAACUCCAACGAAAAGAGGGAGGAAACGGACGACGAGUACUCUGAUGACAGCGACGACGAUGAGAUGGAUGAUCGACGAAGGCGGGACACCAAGGGAGGGAGGGACCGCGACAGCGAGAGCGAGGAUGAGUCCGAGGAGGAGAGUGAGGAGGAGAAGCCCAGGCCGGCGGUCAGGCAGCAGAGGCAGCAGCAACAGCAGCAGGCCCGGAGUGUGCAGCAACAGGUGGCGAGGGCGAAACAACCCUUGACGAGAGUAGUGGAGGAGCCGGAACCCCGCUCGGCUGCUCGAUCAUCCCCGCCGUCCUCCCGUCCGGCGUUGCAGCAACGGCCAUCCCACUCUGCCCCCUCGCCUGCCGAAACUCGAAAGCCCUCCACCUCCUCCUCGGCGCCCAAGAGCAAAGCGGCACGGGUGGAGACUGAGUCGGAGGAGUCAGAGGAGGAGAGCGAAGACGAGACUGAGUCCGAGGAGGAGACGGACGACGACUCCGAAGACGACCACCGAGGUAACACCAAGAAGAACACCGCCCCUCCCCCGCCGAAACCAGAGAUCAAGAAACCCCAGCCGGUCGUUCAGAAGAUCCCACGUACCGCCUCACCCGAAGCUCUGACGGAUGAGGGGUCGCCCAUCGACCGCGAGAACAGUCGGCAGCUAUACGCCUCGAAUGCGUCACCCGAUCCUCGGCUCCAGCGCGCAUCUAUCGUUCCCCGGGAGGCUGUACCUAUCGCCAGGUCCCGACCGAGCGAGGACCGCCUGCCUGCGAUGCCCACCGCUGCGAGAUCGAGGGGGAGCACUCUUCCCCUGAGCGUUAGGAAAGACUCGAAAGGGGCUCGCCUUCCGUCCUACUACGAGCCAUCGUCCCGCCCCCUUCGGUCCAGUCCGCCCGAGACCUCGGAGACGCAAGCGCCGAGAAGGCCGUCACUCCCCGAGGUGAGGAGUGAGCCGCUGGUCGCAAGGUCCGCGGAGAGGCCCAAGGCGGAUAGGCGGCCUAGUGAGGGCAAGCAUAGACGCCCGAGUGAGGCCAAGGAAGGGAGUCGGAAGGGGAGCAGUAGUAGCUCGAGGCGGCCCAGCGAUCGCAGUGAAAAGGUGUAA